CCAAUAGAGAUUAUCCAGAAUCCAUCUACUCAUUUGGCUGAAAAGCCGAACCAAGAUAAAAGAAUGGUUUGUUGUCAUCAUGUCACUAAUGUACGUUUCGGUACUCGAACCCUCUGUCGCUGUACUCAUCACUCCUCACUGCUCACUCCUCGCUCCUCCGCCAGGCUCAAACCUCGGCAGGCACGACUAGUAACCCACAACAAAUCAUUCAAUUUCCUGACCAAUUACUGAAGCUAGAGUAAAAAGAUUGGAUUUUUGCAUGUGGGUUCUGAAGGACUUGUGCAAAAAUGGCAGAAGAAGAUGGGAUUGUGGAGAGGGGUGAGAGAUUGGCAGGAGGAUGUUGGAGUGGGGUCGGGAGUGACUGGCGGUGGGUGGAUGGGAGCGAGGUGGACUCGGAGUCGCCGGCCUGGUCGUUGCUUUCUGAGAAUGGAGGAGGCGAAGGUGGAGAAGGGUAUGGAGGAUCUCUCAGGAGGAGGCUUGGGAAGAAGCCCGAUAGAGUUGAUUCUCUUGAUGUGGAAGCCAUGGAGAUUGCUGGUGCUGGUGGCCAGGAUCAUUCUGUUUGGAGCACUCUUCUGUUAGGAUUCCAGACUCUUGGUGUGGUCUACGGUAACGUGGGAACGAGCCCUUUAUAUGUCUUUGCUGAUGUGUUCGGCAGGGUGCCCGUCGAAUCAGAUGUUGAUGUCUUGGGAGCUUUGUCACUUGUGAUGUACACAAUUGCGCUUAUACCUUUAGCAAAAUAUGUUUUCGUAGUUCUCAAAGCCAAUGAUAAUGGAGAAGGAGGAACAUUUGCAUUGUACUCACUGAUAUGCAGGUAUGCAAAUGUUAAUAUGCUGCCAAAUCGUCAGCCAGCUGAUGAACACAUCUCAAAUUAUAGGCUCAAAUUGCCCACUCCACAGUUGAAAAGGGCUUUGCAGAUAAAAGAAACUUUAGAAAAGAAAUCACUCUUGAAAACUAUCCUCUUGUUGUUCGUUUUGAUGGGAACGUCAAUGGUUAUAGGAGAUGGUAUUCUAACCCCAGCAAUAUCAGUGAUGUCUGCUGUGAGUGGCCUGCAAGGUGAAGUGCCAGGUUUUGGUACAAAUGCUGUGGUUAUUCUUUCGAUUGUAAUUCUCCUACUAUUGUUCACCAUACAGCAGUUUGGGACUGGUAAAGUGGGUGUCAUGUUUUCUCCAAUACUUGCCUUGUGGUUUUUCAGCCUGGCAUCAAUUGGAAUCUACAAUUUAGUGAAGUAUGACAUUACCGUCCUGAGGGCAUUCAAUCCUGCUUAUAUUUAUUUUUUCUUCAAGAAGAACGAUAAGGAAGCAUGGUACGCUCUUGGUGGUUGUGUUCUGUGCAUAACAGGAGCCGAAGCUAUGUUUGCUGAUCUAGGACAUUUCUCUGUGCGAGCCAUUCAGGUUGCCUUCAGUUUUGUGGUGUUCCCCUGCCUUCUCUUAGCUUACAUGGGCCAAGCUGCCUAUCUGAUGAAACAUACAGAUUCAUCGGCUAGAAUAUUCUAUGAUUCUGUGCCAGAUAGUCUUUUCUGGCCAGUCUUUGUGGUAGCUACCCUUGCUGCAAUGAUUGCUAGCCAAGCGAUGAUAUCUGCUACAUUUUCAUGUGUUAAGCAAUCAAUGGCUCUCGGAUGCUUCCCAAGGCUAAAGAUAGUUCACACCUCAAAGAGGCGAAUGGGCCAAAUUUACAUCCCUAUUAUCAAUUGGUUUUUAAUGAUCAUGUGCAUAGUUGUAGUUUCCAUCUUUCAAAGCACCACAGAGAUUGCCAAUGCAUAUGGAAUAGCUGAAGUCGGUGUCAUGAUGGUGAGCACAACCUUGGUGACACUUGUAAUGCUUCUCAUUUGGCAGACCAACUUGUUUCUGGCUUUAUGUUUCCCGCUUGUAUUUGGAUCAAUAGAGUUUAUCUACUUGUGUGCGGUUUUAUCAAAAAUCAAAGAGGGUGGCUGGCUGCCUCUUGCCUUCGCCUCUUGCUUCCUCUGUGUGAUGUACACUUGGAACUAUGGGAGUGUGUUGAAGUACCGAAGCGAGGUCAGGGAGAAGUUAUCCAUGGACUCCGUGACCGAUCUUGGCUCCACACUAGGGACUGUGAGAGUCCCGGGAAUUGGAUUGCUGUAUAGUGAGCUUGUCCAAGGCAUCCCAUCCAUUUUUGUGCAAUUCCUUCUUAGCCUUCCAGCUAUCCACUCCACUAUAGUUUUUGUCUGCAUUAAGUAUGUCCCUGUCCCAGUGGUUCCUCAGGAACAAAGGUUUCUGUUUCGAAGAGUUUGCCCAAAAGACUACCAUAUGUUCCGCUGUGUAGCCCGAUACGGUUACAAGGAUAUCCGGAAGGAAGAUCACCAUUCAUUUGAACAACUUCUUGUUGAAAGCCUGGAGAAGUUUCUGAGGAUGGAAGCUCACGAGAUUGCCUUGGAGAGCAAUUUAAAUGACUCAGACUUUGACAAUGAUUCUUCCAGCUCAAGGGAUUCGGGAGUCCCAGGAAGCGAUGAGAUUGAGGAACUCAGGAUUCCAUUGAUGCGCAACGGAAGAUCACAAGGGGUAGGAGGAAGUUCAACCUUUGAAGAAACUGCUGCCGCUGCAACAUUGCCGUCCAGUGUGAUGUCAUCGGAUGAAGACCCGAGUCUGGAGUAUGAGCUCUCUGCACUUCAAGAAGCAAUGGACUCAGGAUUUACGUAUUUGCUAGCGCACGGAGAUGUGAGGGCAAAGAAGAAAUCGUUUUUCUUCAAGAAGCUAGUCAUAAACUACUUCUAUGCAUUCUUGAGGAGGAACAGCAGAGCAAGUCCUGCAAAUAUGAGUGUGCCUCACAUGAACAUCAUGCGAGUGGGAAUGACUUACAUGGUCUGAUUUAUUUAUUUUCACUUGCAGAAUUUAUCUCAUUUUAUUCAGAUUAAUCUGCUGCAUAUUGCAACCUCUAUGCGAGACACUGUAACAGAAUUAUUACAUCAUAAACAUGUAACUACGACGCUCAGGUGACGAUAUCUCAAACUGACUCAUCACACCAUAUGUGGUUUCACGUGAUUUGUUUGCGAUACCGCCACCUUAACGUGCCAGUUGAAAGUGAA